AUGUCUACCUCUGCUUUCCUCGACGGAGACUUGCUCUCUUCUGCGGCCCAGCGUAAGACCGCGCGUACAGCCCGGAUCUCCAGCUGGGAUCAAACUGGACUCAACGAGGAUGCUUGGGUGGUGUUGCCGGGCAAAACAGCCGUGUUAGCUGAUAUCGAAGGGCCGGGCAAGAUCACGCAUUUAUGGUUCGUUCAGACAUGUCGUCGAAUAUUAGGGCCUGGCUUGAUCCCGUAUUCUAAGUCCGGUGUCGCCAUGAUGGAAAUCCACAACGCAUUGGGUCUGAACUACGAAGAGAGUGAUCCCGAUUACUACCGCAAAGUUAUCAUCAAGAUGUAUUGGGAUGAUUCAGAAACACCAAAUGUUGUCGCACCUAUUGGCGACUUCUUCUGUCUUGGGCAUUCCAUGGCGGCGAAUUUCCAAUCCCUGCCAUUCACAGUGUCCGUGAAGCCAUCCGAGGAGAAGAAGUUUGGAGGUGCCGCAGCUUUCAAUUGCUACCUUCCGAUGCCAUUCAACAAGAGAGCCCGCAUUGAGAUUGAAAAUCAAGGUGAAGAUGCAUAUUUUCAAUAUUUCUACAUCGAUUACGAACUACGUCCUGCAGCAUUUGACCCAAAUGAAAUUCUCUACUUUCAUGCUCAUUGGAGACGUGAAAAUCCCACCAAUGGGUGGGCUCCUGACAACAUGCAAACCAACAGUCUCGAGACGCAGGUACCGAACUUGGACGGUAAAGGAAACUAUACCAUUUUGGAAACAACAGGAUCAGGGACUUACAUUGGCUGUAACCACUCUGUGCUGCAUUUCCAGGGAACCUGGUGGGGCGAAGGUGAUGAUAUGAUCUUCAUUGAUGACGAUGAAUGGCCCCCUAGCAUGCACGGGACAGGCGGCGAAGACUAUUUCACUCAGGGCUGGGGCAUGCAGAAGAAUGCAUAUCCAUUCUGCGGAACAAUUAUCCACGAAGAGGACGUUCCUGGUUACCAGGUGUCCUAUAGAUGGCACCUCCCUGAUCCUGUUCGGUUCAACUCCAAGAUCAAAGUCACCUUAGAGCAUGGGCAUGCCAAUCAUCUGCGUGAUGACUGGUCCACUACGGCCUACUGGUAUCAAACUUUGCCGGGUCCAAGAUUGGAAAUUCCUUCUGUCGCCUUGCGAUUGCCUAAUCGACCUCAAGUCCAACCUCCGAGCCUCGCCGACCCACAAACACGAAGAAAUCUAAGUGAACUUCAGAAAGAGAAGAUCGAACAGCGAGACGAGCGCAUGAAGGCGUUUGUUGACGAUCGGAAUCAAUGGUUGGAAAGGAGAAGUCUGGCAAGCGUUGAACGGUCCAAACUCAAUAUUGAGCAUGCAAAAAAGAUCAGGAAAGCCUUCCUCGACAGUUUAAAGUAG